AUGGCAAAUACAGGAAGAAAUCAUACUGCCGUUACAGUUACCACUACGGAAUAUAAUCGCAUGACGACGUUGAAGCAAAGAAUCGAAGAAACGAAAUGGCUACUGCAUCCGUUAGCAGGUAAGAGCUCUUGUUGCAUCUUCAAAGUACCUCAUUGCCUGGCGAAAACAAACGAGGGGAAGUACCGGCCUCAUAUCAUCUCAAUCGGCCCUUAUCACUACGGUGAUAAACACGUGGUGAUGAUGCAACAACACAAAUGGAGAUUUCUUGACAAUCUUCUCGGUCGAACGCAGUUGAUCGGACUUGAUGACUACCGGCAGGUUGUAGCAGAAAUCGAAGAUGAUAUAAGAGAGUGCUAUGCAGAGACCAUUAACUUAUGCAGCCGCCAUCUGGUUGAGAUGAUGGUACCAGACGGUCUCUUCAUCAUCGAAAUUAGGGAGGCCUCCUCAAGUCUUGAGGCAUUAUUUCAGUGUGUCGAAGGAAAGCAUCUACUCGAUUUACUUCACCUGAGUUUUGUCCCCGAACCUCAGGAUGAUUCGCCUCAGGAGGACGUUGAGUUUAUCCAAUCGGCAAAAAAGCUUCACGAUCUCGCCGGAAUUAUGUUCAAAACACGGGAGGCGCAGAGCUUCCUAGACAUCAGAUUUUGCAAUGGAGUUCUUGAAAUUCCGCACAUAAAACUAGAUGAUCUCCACACCCAUUUCUUCUUAAACUUGGUUGCAUUUGAACAACGCUACUCUCAUUGCCCAAAGUAUAUAAACACUUACGCUGCAUUCAUGAGUUGUCUCGUCCGCACGCCGAUGGACGCGACAUUUCUGUCCGAUUAAAACAUUAUCGAGAAUUAUCUCGGAACCGACAAAGAGGUCGUGCAUUUCUUCAAAAACCUCCGCAAAGAUGUGCCUUUCGAUAUCGACAGUAUUUAUCUGAACAAGUUGUUCAACGAAGUGAACGAGUACCAAAGAAAUAUUUUGCACGUGCAGUGGGCGGAUUUCAGAUUCAAGUAUUUUGAGUCCCCAUGGUCCUUCCUCUCUGCUUUAGCUGCUCUGAUCCUCCUAAUACUCACCACAAUUCAGGCCUUCUUUGCCGUCCACGGAUAUCUGCGUCCGCCAAGUUCGGGCUGACGGAGGUGAGCAUUAAGUCUAAAGAUCGUCU